AUGGGGGAUCCAGUCCAGUCCAACGCGAUGGCGACCAAAGAGACGGAUUCGACAUCGGCGCUGGAUGGUGUGUCGGCCCCCGUCCCACAGGACCAAGAUACACCAGAAUUAUCAAAAUCACCAUCAACAACACAGUCCGGCCAUGGCAAGACGCCACCACCACUCGCAGCGAAGCUGUUUGCAGUGUUCUUGAUCUCCUGCAUCAGUUUCGGGUCCCAUUGGAGUUCUGGCGUAACGGGGGCCAUGAAAAGCACCAUCAAGAAGCAAAUGCACAUCAACAAUGUGCAGUUCUCGCUUCUGGAGGCAAGUGAGGAUUUCAUCGCGACUAUCCUGCUUAUCCCAAGUGGCCUGCUCACCGACCGGAUCGGUGGUGCCGACAUGAUCGUGUAUGGAAAUAUGGUUUAUACGAUCGGAUCGAUCCUGGUCGCCGCAGCCGCGACUGCACGGUCCUUCAACUUUAUGAUCGGAGGCAGAGUGAUUCUGGCGUUUGGGGAUAUUGCCACGCAGGUCGCGCAGUAUAAAAUGUUUUCUUCCUGGUUUGCUCCUAGCAAUGGCUUUGCAUCGACACUGGGGUUUGAACUGGCGAUUGGAAAGAUUGGCGGAUUCGUUGGUAAAUCCACAGCCAACGUGAUUGCACAGAGAACUGGCAACUUCGCCUGGGCCUUUUGGACGUCGGUAUUCAUGAAUAUCUUCACAAAUGCAGCCACGGCAGUAUUCUGGUUCUUCAGCCGCUACUGUAACCGACAUUAUGAAGGACGGCACGACUCAGCAACCAAUGAGAAGUUGACCGAGAAGAAUAAGAAGUUUGAAUUCCAGAAAGUAUUCCAGUUGCCAUGGAUGUUCUGGACUAUUUUGGCCUUCUCUCUGUUCCAAACGAGCGCAGCAGUCAUUUUUAGCCAGAAUGCGACCGAAUUGGCGGAACAGCGGUUUAGUAUUGACUCAAUUGAGGCUGGAUGGUACAGCUCCUUGUCGCAAUAUGCAGGGUUUUUCUUGGUCCCUUGCGUGGGCGUGUUUAUUGAUGUUAUCGGGCAGCGUGCCUCUCUCCUGUUCGCCUGUGGUUUGGGGAUUUUCCUGAGCAUGAUUCUCCUCAAUUACGCCCCCACCACGGCUGGCACAGGAUCAUCGUUCGGUAUAUAUGCGAUCGCCUUGUCUUUGGGCCCGGCAUCUAUUAUCGACAGCAUUCGCACAACUCUCUGGCACCAAUCUGUCUUCGGCUCCGCAUACUCACUCAAAGUCACCAUGAACAAUAGCAUGAACAUUAUCGUCCGUAUCAUCGCCGGGGCCUUGCAGGAUGCAGAUGACAACUCCUAUCGCCGUGUGGUUCAGCUCUAUCUCUUUCUCGCCGCCGCCUCCCUUGUUGUCGGCUCCGCGAUCCUGAUCGGCUCCUUCGUGACGGACAACCUGGCGCUGCUGCAGUGGACUCGGCACAAACGCCUGACGUCGGGGGCGGAUAUCAUUCAGACCCUCAAGGAGCGCAGCCUUGUGACGCAUGCUCAACGCACACGGCGGUUGUCUGUCGGAUGCUUCGGGUCUCUGCUGCUGCUGAUAGUUGGGUCAUGGGUGGCGUACAUCUGGGGUGCGGUGACGGAGCAUAAUUCAUAG